GACAGACAGACAGACAGACAGACAGACAGACAGACAGACAGUAAACAGUACAGACAGACGGACAGUGGUAAACAGUAAAGACAGACGGACAGUGGUAAACAGUAAAGACAGACAGACAGACAGUGGUGAACAGACAGACAGACAGACAGACAGACAUGGUUAAACAGUAAAGCCAGACAGACAGAUAGACAGUGACUACACAACCAGAUAGACUACACAGCCAAAGUGUUUGCAUAUGCUAUGAGGAGACAGGAAAGGUUUCUGUAUUAGAUAUUAUAUUAGAGAUACUCUUUCACUGGAGUCUUCAGAUUGACAGACACUUCAGAUGGACCAAUCAGGGACGGACUUGCCACACACACGUCCAAAGGCACAGUGAGCAAGGAAAGUCAUUUCCCUCCACAGGGAAUAAAUAAAAUGGGAAAAUGGCGAGGCGGCACAAAAAUAAAACGCAGAUGCGUAAAUGCAUUCAUGUAGAAAAUCCCAGCCUUUAAUCCAAUCCCUCACGCUUUAUUAAAACAGAGUGAGAGAGAGAGAUAGAGACAGACAGACAGGGACCAUGAAGAGACACACACUGACUCACAUAUCACAACAACAAGCUUUAUCCUAGGCCGUGGAGAUAGGAGAAAGAUCAGAAAGAUGAAAGAGGUAGAGGCAGUCUCUCUCUCUGUUUCACACACACACACACACACACACACACACACACACACACACACACACCACAAUAGCAUGUUCUCAAAGUUCGAAAAACGAUAUGCCAAGCAGAAAAUAACAAAUAGCAACUCAGACACAGACACAGCCUUUACUGUGGUCUGAGCAGCCACACCCUCUAGUGACAUCAGGUCAAAUCAGACCAAGCCACACCCUCUAGUGACAUCAGGUCAAAUCAGACCAAGCCACACCCUCUAGUGACAUCAGGUCAAAUCAGACCAAGCCACACCCUCUAGUGACAUCAGGUCAAAUCAGACCAAGCCACACCCUCUAGUGACAUCAGGUCAAAUCAGACCAAGCCACACCCUCCAGUGACAUCAGGUCAACUCAGACCAAGCCACACCCUCUAGUGACAUCAGGUCAAAUCAGACCAAGCCACACCCUCUAGUGACAUCAGGUCAAAUCAGACCAAGCCACACCCUCUAGUGACAUCAGGUCAAAUCAGACCAAGCCACACCCUCUAGUGACAUCAGGUCAAAUCAGACCAAGCCACACCCUCCAGUGACAUCAGGUCAAAUCAGACCAAGAGAGACCAUGGUGGCUGGUACUUUAUGGGGAAGUGGUGAACAGUAGGUCUGGUUUAGGACCCUCGAUACGUAUUGCAAUUCGAUGUUCCAAACAUAUUGCUCACCUGCUGCAGAGAGACAAGAGAGAGCCAACGUAAAACUAGUUUUGGAGAUAAAAGUGGUCAAAACAUGUUGGCUCACCAUUUAAAACAUUGAAAAGGAAUAUGGAGAACAAGCUUUAGGAUGAGAAACACCAGAGUUUACAACAUUACAUUACAUAUUAAAUGAAUUCUAUGGUUUUCAACUUGACCAUAGAUGCAGUAAAUGGAAAGCAGACAUUACAUUGAUCAGAUUGGGCACAUUCAACAAAUCUGCUCCAACAAAGUGGAUAUUUGUCAAACCCGUCAUGAUUUAUGUAUCAUAACAGACCCACAGUGUGGUUACUUAAGUCUGAUUUGGAUAUAUUUGGCUGUUAUUGUUGCAUACCAUGUAGAAGUUGUCCCUGUUUAGGCUUAGAAGAAGUGACUGUUUAAUGCUAACUCCCAUUCGGGUAAGCUGGCUAGCAUACCCUAGCAUACAGAAAUCAUUGAUGGUAGUCAGUUGUUUUUUGACUGUAAUGCAGUUGAUUGGGAACAAUGACAUGAACAUGUGUUGGGGUUGAUAUUCAAACAAGCAUUAUACUCCGAUUUAUACCUCUACAUGGUGUGAAAUUAUAGUAAUUUAGAAGACACUCUUACCGAGAGCGACUUACAUUUCCCACCCGUAUUGGUCCCCCGUGGGAAUCGAACCCAUAUCCCUGGCGUUGCAAGCGUCAUGAUUGGUUGAGUUCGAUUGACCUUUUUACCGCAUCUAUAUCACAAUUUUACCUUUUUAUUUAACUAGGCAAGUCAGUUAAGAACAAAUUCUUAUUUUCAAUGAUGAUGUCAUAAAGGAGGGUGGGGUGACAUGCUAGUUAUCUUCAACCUAGGUGACAUGUUGGAUGCCCCCUGUGACAUCAUAGACACCUACAGCACAACAGUCCAAUCAAGCAUUCUGAACCCCACAACUCACCUAUCACUGUAGAGAGUAGUUGCCUUUUGAAUUUGCUCAGCCAGUUUUCUUGAUUGAGAGAUGGCUUUGUACUCUAUCAGCAUUCACUUGUUGGUGCAUGUAAUCUUGGCAUUACAACAUCUGGACGGCACGGUUUUUCGGGACGCCCUGAUAACCCCCAUCGGCAUUAGGCAGUGGGCCAGCACGCCUCACAUUGAUCUGAACACCAGCACCAUCAACCUCCAUCAACAACCCUGGACCAAACAGAACACCAGCGAGACCACAGGACACAGCUUGUACAAGUGCACCGGAGAGGCUUGUGUUAUGGUCAGCUUGGAACCACCUGCGACCCGGGUAGCUACAAACAACACUAAACGACUCAGUGGCCUUGUCGUUAGAGUGUCCGCCCUGAGAUUGGAAGGUCGGGUGGUUUAUCCACGGUCGAGUCAUACCAGAGACUCUGAAAAUGGGACCCGAUGCCUCUCAGCUUGGCACACAUUAAGGAGAUGGAUUCGGGGUAAGGUCCUGCGACAGACUUGUGUCCUAUCCAGGGCGGAUACAUCAAGCUGCCUCAAGCUACAGAAACAGGAGAUGGGCUCCUGCCCUGUGGGCCAUUGUGGCUCGGACAAGGCCACCACCACUCAGACCAGAAACAGUAUUGACCAGAAAUUCAGAGACGUUAGUGCUUUGCACCAGACAACCAGUGGUUCUACGGCCAGCCUCAGAACACCUCGCACCCGAGUAGCUGAGCUCAGGAGUAGGGAGAGAGCGGGAGCGAGUGAGCUUGUGUGGAAGAAGAUGGUGGACGUGAUUAAUGGGGCAGAAGAGAGGAGGAUAGAGGCUGCAGGCUGCAUGUUUCUGGCUCUUGGCUGCUGGUUGUACGGCGUGGGUCUGCUGAACACCGUAAGUGUCCGAGGACUACUGCAGAUAAUGGUUGCAUCAGAGCUCCGUGGAGAUGAACACAAGGAGAGAGGAGCUGAGAGGGAGACAGAUGGCUGUAAAGAUGCUCAAACAGCUCCCGUGUGGGUGACCCCCCGUGGUUCAACUAAGAAGAGAGCCCGCCGCCGCCGUCGGUCCAACAAGGGGAAACACUGAAUAACGUGCCCAUACAGGAAUAACGUGCCCAUACAGGACAUUGUUCGUCUGCAUAUGAUAUUUUCUAAUAAAUAAUACUUGUUUUGGCA